AUGUUUAUGGCAAGGUCGGAAUAUGACCGGGGGAUCAACACCUUCUCCCCCGAAGGCCGCCUCUUCCAAGUCGAGUACUCCCUCGAAGCGAUCAAGCUCGGCAGCACGGCCAUCGGCGUGGCCACCUCAGAGGGCGUGAUCCUAGGCGUGGAGAAGCGCGUGACGUCAACGCUGCUAGAGACCUCCUCCGUCGAAAAGAUCGUCGAAAUUGACCGGCACAUUGGGUGCGCCAUGUCCGGCCUGCAAGCCGACGCGCGGUCGAUGGUGGAGCACGCGCGGGUCGAGUGCCAGUCGCACGCCUUCAACUACAACGAGCGCCUGCGUGUCGAGUCGUGCACCCAGGCCAUCUGCGACCUGGCCCUGCGGUUCGGCGAGUCGGCUGACGGCGAGGAGAGUAUCAUGAGUCGCCCUUUUGGCGUGGCUCUGCUGAUUGCGGGCUACGACGAGGACGGGCCGUCACUGUACCACGCCGAGCCAUCGGGUACUUUUUACCGGUACGAUGCCAAGGCUAUUGGGAGUGGGAGUGAAGGGGCCCAGGCGGAGCUGCAGAACGAAUACCACAAGUCCCUUACGAUUGCCGACGCAGAGACGCUCGUGCUCAAGACACUCAAGCAAGUAAUGGAGGAGAAGCUCGACGCCAAGAAUGUACAACUGGCCAGCGUCACCAAGGAUCGCGGCUUCAGAAUAUACACGGAUGAAGAGAUGGCCUCGGUGGUUGAGCGGCUACCGGCGAAUUAA